ACUGCCAGAGUUGCCGGACUUGCACUGUGAUGUAAUUUGGUUUUGUACACCGUCCGCGUAUUAAAUUAAAAUGUCACUUAAAAAUGUAAUUUUAAGUGCCUUUAGAAGCAUUUCCCGGCCAGUUGGGCCCAUUCAGGCUUCAAGGAUACACACGGGCGUUUGCUGGCGAAAGGCGGAGGACCGCAAAGAAAUGCUGGCAUCUCUGCCGGCCAAAGACGAAGGAACAGUGGGUGAAAAGACCGUGGACAUAGACACACUUAUCAACCGCAAAGCUAAGUUCUUUCCGGAUGCCAGCACCGCCACUCAAUUAUUCAAUGGAAUUCCCUUUAACGAGCUUCCCAUCUGCAACAUUCGUGUGUCCCCCAACAACACAAUUAUUUCAGUUACGGAUCACAAAGGUGUCCUUCGGCUGAUUCGAUCCUGUGGUAUUGAAGGAUUUAAAAACACUCGCAAGGGAACCAACAUUGCUGCUCAAGCUACUGCUGUGACCAUUAGUGGGAAAGCCAUGGAAUUGGGCUGGAAGACAGUGCGAGUAAAGGUCCGUGGUCUUGGCCCUGGAAGAAUGUCGGCUAUCAAAGGACUGCAAAUGGGUGGAUUGAACAUUGUUUCCAUUACGGACAACACACAUGUCUCAUUUAAUCCCCCAAGACCCCGCAAACAGAGGAGUCUUUAAUCUAGAACUUGUUAAGACUUUUGCUUAUAAAAAAAAUACAAGUAGAGUCGUUAAAAUACAAAACAAUGAACUUUAAA